AUGAUGAUGGUUGAAGAUGGAGUUGUGUUCAAAGAAACCAAAGUUGUAAUUCCAAAUAGUAUGAAAACGGAUAUUAUCAAAGCUAUUCAUACUGGACAUCAAGGAAUUCAAUCUUGUUAUCAAAGGGCAAGAGAAUCCUUGUACUGGCCCAACAUGUUUGAAGAUUUGAGUGACUUCAUACGAUCAUGCACAGUAUGCCAAAGUCAGAGCAGGGCAGAAAUAAAAGAACCCAUCAAAAGUAAACAAAUUCCAAUCAGGCCAUGGGAGGUUACAGCAGCUGAUUAUUUUAAGUUCAAAUGCAAAAGUUACCUUGUUCUUGGUGACAGCUACUCUGGUUACUUCGAACUCGCUGAAGUGUCGUCAAGUAGUUAUGCAACUAUCAAACAGUUGAAGUCAUGGUUUGCUGUUCAUGGUGUACCAGCUGUACUGGAAUCAGAUAACAUGCCUUUCAAUUCAGCAGAGUUUAAAAAAUUUUCAAAACGAUGGGGAUUCGAACAGUCCAUAUCCUCUCCAAACUUCCCAAGAGCAAACGGAUUGGCAGAGAGGUUUGUUCAGACAGCGAAAAACUUGGUCAGGCGAUGUUAUCAAGACGGAACAGACUUAUUUGAAGCUCUGUUGAAUCAUAGAAACACUCCACGAUCACCAGAUCUAGGUUCUCCAGCACAAAGGCUAAUGUCUAGAAGAACACAGACAUUGGUUCCAAUUGAUGAUGCGCUUCUAUUGCCAUCAAUAAUUGAUCCAAAGAAAGUGCAUCAACAACUCUCUGAAGCGAGAGAAAAACAAAACAUGUAUGGAGAUAGAGGUGCAGUUCCAAAGCCAGAGUUUAAACCUGGAGAGAACGUAAAGCUAAGAAAGAGUAAUCGAAGUUGGGUGUUAGACGGAGUAAUUAAAGACAAAGUAAACCCCAGGUCUUACAUAGUGGAAAGCAAAGGAAAACUUUAUCUUCGCAACUCACAGCAUAUUGCCAAGAGAUAUGGUAAACCCAAUUACCUGAAGGAUUACACUUACACUUCCUGA